AUGUAGAUAGAUAUUUUAAUUUCAAAGAUGAUCCGGAAGUUUUGUGAUUAAAUGUAGCCAACUUGACUUGAGCGUGCAGGCUCUAGUAGUCUGCAUGAACGGCAGCAAAACACUUGACUAACUCAACGAGACCACGUGACUCAGCCGGAGGGUUCCCCCCCAGACAGCAGAAGAAGAUCCAGAAAGGUAAGACCUAUGGUUGGAGCUUCAACAUGUCAGCAGUAGUAGUGGUACAUGGUGGGGCAUGGGCCAUACCCAAUGACCUGGCCAAGGCAUCUGUUGAUGGGGUGAAGGCUGCAGCAUGUGAAGGAUAUUCAGUCCUGAAAAAAGGAGGGAGUGCGCUGGAUGCUGUCGAGGCUGCUGUGAGGACUCUGGAAGAUAACACAGCUUUUAAUUCAGGGCAUGGAGCAGCACUAAACACUGAGGGAGAAGUGGAGCUGGAUGCUAUUAUCAUGGAUGGACGGACACUUGCCAAUGGUGCAGUUUCUUCAGUGAAGAAUAUCGCCAACCCGGUGUCGCUGGCUCGAGCAGUGAUGGAAAAGACUUCCCACUGCAUGUUGACGAGCAGAGGAGCAAACCAGUUCGCAGAGAGCAUCGGCAUUGCGACAGUUCCCACUGAGACACUGGUGACAGCGCAUGAGAGGAAAGAAUGGGAGAAACACAAGAACUAUGUGACAGGAGUAAUGGAAGACUUUAACUCUCAGUGGGCCCAUGAUACUGUUGGGGCAGUAGCUGUGGACAGUGCUGGUAACGUUGCCUGUGCAACAUCAACUGGAGGGAUCAGAAACAAAAUGGUUGGCAGAGUAGGAGACUCUCCCAUCAUCGGCUCUGGAGGAUAUGCAGACAACUUGAGUGGUGCAGUGUCCUGUACGGGUCAUGGAGAGUCUAUUCUCAAAGUCACCUUGGCCAGACUCAUUCUGUCACAUAUUGAACAAGGUAAAUCAGUAGAAGAUUCUUCACAGCUGUCUCUUAAGUACAUGGGAAGCCGUGUCCACGGAGCAGGAGGUGCUAUUGUAGUUUCUCCAUCAGGACAGUGGGCAGCCACGUUCACCACAGAGCGAAUGGCAUGGGCAGCAGUGGACCAUGAUGUUCUGUGGUUUGGAUUGGACCCAAGUGAAAGAUGUGAAGAGCAGUUAUCCCAGUGAUGAAUGAACUUGUUUCAUUCUAAUUAGUAAUAGUAGAGGGACAUAAAAUAGAGGACUUUAUUUUGUGUGUACUUUUUUACUAAUUUACUUUGAAUUUAAACAUUUGUCUGCCUGGGGAAAUGUUUGCUACUGUUGUUUUUAGCAAAAUUGAAUAUUUUACUAUCAACUACCUAAGUAUUAAUACAUAUUAAUGAAGUUGUCUGCUUAACAGUGUAGGUUGAAAUAACGGUUGUACUCAGACUGUAAAAAUAAAAACGCAGUAACUAUCAUUACAAAUAACAAGGAGUCAAAUAGUUGUUAUUUCUAUGUAUGGAAAUAAAUUACAUUUUUAUGCACCUAGUGUUUUGAA